AUGGGAGGUGUCAUAAAGUUGCGAUACGCACUAAAGUUUGUCAACGUAGUUAUAUUUGCAAAGCGAACGCAACUAUAUCGGCCACCUCUUAACGAGUGCGAAAAGGCUAUUGUGGCAGCAUUUGAGGAUCCUGUGAUGUAUAGAAAAUGGGUAACGCUUUUACUCAUAGAGAAGAGGGACAUACCACAAGUAACCGAAAGCACUGUAUGGAUGAUCAAAAGAGCAGAGCAACGUCUAGCGGCCGAGUUUUUCACUGGAGUAGCUAUGGGAACAAAAUAUCGGGGAUUCAAAACGCUUCACGAGUUAUGGAAAUGGUUGGCCCCUGCUGUCGAUCUAAUGUACGAUUACAUGAAUGCAGACGCACAUUACGCUUGGCACGUUUGCCUAAACACGCUUUUGGAAAGAGAUGAUACCAGAAGGUUUUGGUGGUUGAUAGAAGAACUAUUGAAAGGCAUGGCUCGUCCAGCCCCAUCAGCUUGGCAUCAAGCAGUCUCCUAUUACAAGCACACUUGCGGAAAGAAACGAGGGUAUUCGUCCCACCUGAAAGCUGCAUUCAAAGUCGUCCAUGUGGAGGUCUUCAUCCAAUGGGAAACCGAUACAACCGGCAAAUCUGGGCGAUGA